UUUUCCCCUUCAUCUCACCUCCAGCCAGCCUCCUCCUCCUCUUCCUCCUCCGAGAGCGCACAGCAUCCACUUUCUCGUUCUACCUCUCUUCAGCGGUCUCACGGUCUCUUUCUCCCGCUCUCCGUCCUCCACUUUGGCUCGCCCCAUCGGCAGCUUUGCAGGCUCGCUGCUCUCCCUUCCAACUGCCGAGGACUCGGAGGCGCUCGGGACUAAGUCUCUGUCGUUGCAGCCAACAUAGCCACAAUGGCAAUGAACAGCAUCCUCAACGCUGACAACAUCAAGAAAGCACUCGAUGCAUUUGCAGUGGCCGACUCUUUUGACCAUAAGAGUUUUUUUGACAUGAUCGGCCUGAAGAACAAGUCUCCCGACGAUGUGAAGAAGGUCUUCACGGUGCUGGACGCCGACAACAGUGGCUAUAUUGAAGAGGAGGAGCUCAAAUUCGUCCUGAAGGGCUUUGCCAAAGAUGGCAGGGACCUGACGGAUAAGGAAACCAAAAUAUUUUUACACGCAGCUGACAAGGAUGGAGACGGCAAGAUUGGAGUUGAAGAGUUUAUCGCCCUUGUGAAAGAAUAGGCACCUGUGAAGAUUGAAUUGACCCGAAAAGACCUCCUGACCAUCGCCGCAUCCUAACCCUAUGGCCUCCAUCCUUUUGACUGCACAAUAAACCUCCAACACCCAAACACACACGGGCACGCGUCCACACAUGCACACACACACACACACACACACAC